AUGAUAAAAAAGGAUUGGGUGGAGUUGCCUCCACACAGUCAAGGUUACAAGGAUGGUGUCAAUUACUUUUUGGAUAUUGCAUUCACCAAAGGAAAGGUUGAAGAAGAAGAGAUUUUGUGUCCUUGUGCUGUAUGUUGCAAUGAUAGUUGGGAAGUAAGAGAUGUAGUGUAUGACCAUUUAUGUAGCAAAGGAUUUGUAAAGGGAUACACUGAAUGGAUUUAUCAUGGUGAAGAUGAAAGCCUUAUGGAUCUGGAUGGUGAUAGUGAUGAUGAAACAUCAUCUCAUGAUGAUAUUGAUGGGUUGCUAUUUGAGACAUUUAAAGAUGCGGCUAAAGGAGGUGGAGUACAUGAAGGGCUAAAUGAAGAUGCAAAGAAAUUUUAUAAACUAGUUGAUGAUGCAAAUCAAGAGUUGUAUCCUGGUUGUGAAAAGUUUUCCUCAUUAUCAUUCACUAUUAGAAUUUAUUUGUUGAAAUGUCUCCAUGGAUGGAGCAAUGCUUCGUUCACUGCUCUCUUAGAGUUGUUGAAAGAGGCUAUGCCAGAUUUGAACAUCCCUGUCUCUUUCAAUAAAACAAAAUCUAUGAUAAAAGAUUUGGGCUUAGACUAUAAAAAGAUUGAUGCAUGUCCCAACAAUUGCAUGUUAUUUUGGAAAGAUCAUGGGAAAGAUGAUUCAUGUCAUAUUUGUGGAGCAUCAAGGUGGAUUGAAUAUCCUGAAGUUGCUAAUGAUCUUGAAGAAUCUAUAAAAGCUCACAAGGUUCCUGCCAAAGUUCUAAGAUAUUUUCCUUUGAUUCCAAGAUUGAAAAGACUUUUUAUGUGUUCAAAGACAGCCGACACAUUGAGAUGGCAUGCCGAGCAUCGUUCAAGGGAUGGGAAGUUAAGGCAUCCGGCCGAUGCCCAAGCAUGGAAAGACUUUGAUGCCAAACAUUCAGAUUUUGCUUGUGAAACUCGUAACAUAAGACUUGGGUUGGCAAGUGAUGGGUUUAAUCCAUUUAGGACUAUGAGUCUUUCACACAGCACGUGGCCUGUUGUAUUAACAAUAUAUAACUAUCCUCCAAAUUUGUGCAUGAAGGCUGAAAAUUGUUUGAUGUCGUUACUUAUUCCUGGACCGAAGUCACCUGGAAAUGAAAUUGAUGUGUUUUUGCAGCCACUUAUUGAGGAGCUUAAGAUAUUGUGGGAUGUCGGUGUAGAAACAUAUGAUAUUUCAAAAAAUCAAUCAUUUCAACUGCGUGCAUCUCUUAUGUGGACUGUGAAUGACUUCCCUGCAUAUGCUAUGUUAUCCGGUUGGAGUACUAAAGGGAAGUUUGCUUGCCCUGCUUGUAAUCAUAAUACUUCUUCAAGAUACUUAAAACAUAGUCGAAAGAUGUGUUAUAUGGGUCAUCGAGUCUUUUUGGAUUCAAAUCAUAGUUGGAGAUCAAAUUCAAGUUCUUUUGAUGGAAAGCCAGAAUAUAGGUCUGCACCCUCCUUGUUAGAUUCAACAAUGGUUUUAAAAGACUUAGAAAAUAUCCCUGAUGUAGUGGGGCAAAAAUAUCAAAAAAAAAGGGAUGGUCCAUGGAAGAAAAAGUCUAUCUUUUGGCAAUUACCAUAUUGGAAGGAUAAUUCUUUGCGCCAUAAUGUAGAUGUUAUGCAUACAGAAAAGAACAUUUGUGAUAAUAUAAUAGGGACUCUUUUGGAGAUUGAAGGUAAGAAAAAGGAUCAUGCAAAAGCUCGUUUGGAUCUACAACACAUGGGGAUAAGAAAAAAUCUCCAUUUGAAAGCCACGAGUGAUGGUAAGAAAACUCAAAUCCCUAAGGCCUGUUUCUCCUUAACAAAGCAAGAGAAAUCUAUUUUUUGUAAUGUGUUGAAGACAGUAAAACUUCCUGAUGGCCUUGCAUCUAAUAUUUCUCGAUGUGUUCAAGUUAAUGAAGGAAAAGUUUCUGGAUACAAGAGUCAUGAUGCUCAUAUUAUAUUGCAUUACUUGUUGCAAGUAGCAAUAAGAGGGAUAUCUCCUAAUCAAGUUAUUAUUCCUUUGCUCCGGCUUUGUUCAUUUUUUCGGUGUUUAUGCCAGAAGGUUAUAGAUGUGAAAACUUUGGAUUACUUGGAAGUAGAAAUUGCUGAAACACUUUGCCAAUUCGAGCGUAUCUUCCCUCCAAGUUUCUUUGACAUAAUGGUUCACUUACCAAUUCACCUUGCAAAUGAAGUUAGAUUGGGCGGACCGGUUCAGUUUCGAUGGAUGUAUUAUAUGGAAAGAUAUUUGGGUGAUCUAAAAUCUUUUGUUCGUAACAGGAGUCGUCCGGAGGGUUCUAUUGCUGAAGCUUACUUGGUUAAAGAGUCUUUAACAUUUUGUUCAAGAUAUUUGUCUAGUGCUGUAGACACGAGGAUGAAUAGAAUGACACGAAAUAGUGAUGAUACUCCAACCAUAGGUCAUCCAAUUGGGGGAAAGAAACUAAUUUCCCUUGACCAUAAGUCUCUAAACCAAGCUCACGGCUACAUUUUAUUCAAUUGUGAUGAAGUGCAAGAAUACAUUAGGCAUAACCAUUUACUUGAUACAACAUUUCAUUCUCACAAUAAGUUUUUUCUUUCGUAUUAA